AGCGGCUCCUCCCGUCUCUAUGGCCGCCGCGCUCUCCCGCCGCCCCGCCGCGCUCUUCCCGCUCCCUCCCCGCUCCCCUCCCGCCCCCCGCGCUCCCGCAGCCCCGCGCUGCCCCUCAGCCCCGCCAGCGCGCUCCGCCAUUUCCCCCCUCCUCCCCUUCCCCGAGUCCUCCAGGGCGGCCAGAGCGCCGCCGGAAGUGGAGGGCGCGCCCGGAAGCGGCGGGCGCUAUAAAAGCAGCGCGCAGGCGCCCGCGGCCUCUUUCGGGCUCGCGGCGAGGUCCCGGAGCCGCCAUGGGCCGCCGGCCGGCGCGAUGUUACCGCUACUGCAAGAACAAGCCCUACCCCAAAUCCCGCUUCUGCCGGGGGGUCCCGGGUGAGUCCUGACCCCAAAACCCCCC